UGUUUCACAAGGUUUUGACUGCAACGUAUGACCUCGCAGGCGUGGUACGCGCGGCUUUUAUAGAGACCGUUCUCCCGCCGCUGCUUCGUCAUCGUCGUUCGUCGUCCCCUCCACAGCUUCACGGAUAUUCCGUCGCUCGGAGCUUGGAGUUAACUGCGACUUAACUAAUCAAUAAUCUUAUCGCGAAAAUAAAACAAAUUCCUCAUUAUUGCGAUUCAUUUCUGAAAAGGUAAUCACUUAUCAACGAUUUUAAUAAAAAACGGUAUUUAUCAAUGAUUAUAUCUCUCUCUUGUUGACCCUUGAUUUUAUAAAAUUUGAUUCUUAUAUAAAUGUAUUUUUAGACUUCCAAGAAGAUCAUACAUGCUACAAUUGUAUGGACAGUCUAUAAAUAGCAAUUCUUUCCAGAUUUUGAAGAUUAUCGGAAUAAUAUCAAGAGAUACACGAUGAUCAGAAGAAACAUAUGUUUGAAGAAACUUCUUUUCGCACGAAAAUUUUCGAAGAGUACUAAGGAAGCGUGGGACAGUUAUCUACAAAAUAGUCACAGAACAUCGCUUAAAAAAUUUAUCCAAAAUCAUCAGGACGUUGUGAAUGCGAUCUUAAAGAACACAGAGAUGACUCGCGAUCACCUGACUCCGGAACUGAAGUUAUUUCUACUAACAAAAAAGUGUCCCCUGUAUCACGAGCCAUUCAUCGAUAAAUAUACAGAUGGAAGAUUUGAUUCCUUGACCAAAAACGUAUUCCAAGAUCCAUUUUGGUCUAUAUACUGGCCUGGAGGUCAAGUACUUACGAGAUUUAUUUUAGAUGAAAAGGAAGGAAUUUUAGGAUGCACGAAGCAAAAGGCGAGAAAAGAUGCAAUAAGGAUGCUGGAUUUGGGCGCAGGGUGCGGCGCUACGGCAAUAGCUGCGAAAUUAAUGAAUGGAAUGUGCAAGAUUGUUGCAAACGACAUCAGCAAAGUCGCCUGUGUAGCUAUUGCAAUGAAUGCUAUAUUAAAUAACGUGGAUAUUGAGGUAUCGUGGGAAAACUUGUUACAGAAACCAUUAGAAGAUCUAUAUGAUGUAAUUUUUGUGGGUGAUUUAUUAUAUGACGAAGAAAUAGCGAACACUUUAAUGACAUGGUUGGGAGAAGCACAUAAACGAGGUGCGCGAAUUUACCUAGGAGAUCCAGGAAGACACGGAUUAAGUGAAGAUCUCAAAAAGCGAUUGAAAUUGUUACGGCAAUAUUCUCUACCUGAAAACGUCAGGAAGGAGAAUCACGGUUACGACGUGGCUACUGUAUGGGAAUUUGACCGAACUUAAGUGACUCAUGCAUAUGAAAUUAAAUACGGGAUAGAGAGAACGUUCUAAAGUCCAAAAGUUAUUCUAACAAUGAACUUCAAUUUUUCUUAGCUAAAUAAUACUUAGCAUAGAUUUAAAAAGCGUGUCAUCGCAAAAUAAACUGUAAAAUAAUUUUAAAUGUCUUGGUGUUUAAAACUCCAAAUCUUGUAACAAAUACAAUAGCGAUCUGAAAAUUGUUCAUAAACAACUAUUUCGAAGAAAUGUAUGCUAUAAGUUUGCUAAUUCAGGUAUGUAUUUAUUUAUAAUACGUUAAUACUUUACUCUGACGUAUAUUGGGAUAUUUCUGUUAUUACGAAGUAAAUGUUAAGCUGUUCUUACGUUUAAGUUGGAAUAAAUUGUUCCUUGGAUUUGCGUACAAAGGAUUAGAUUCUAAUAGUGUGUCUGUUCGGACGUGCGUACUUGUGAACUUAAGUUGACGCAAAUGUAUAAAACUUACGACAUUACACCUGAUGAUUAUAAAAUAAUUGUGAUUUGAUAUAUACCGCUCACGGUUAUGUGUAUGUUCAUGUGCCUGUGCUUACGUUAAACGUGCGAACGUAGUUUCAUAGGAGGAAAUCUUUGUAAGGCUUCCAACAGCCUUCGUAAUGACUAUUCGCGCACGCGCGCUCGUAUGUGUUAUUUUAAAAGAAGAGAAUUCUGUUUCAUUACAUAAUCCACUUGUGCAUAUCUCGUUUUCAUAUAAACUUGUUUUCACACAUAUUCGUAUGUACGUACGUCAAAACGCGUGUAGAUAUUCUUAUAUUUUUCAUAUUCUUAUCGUAAAAAUACUUUACGAAACACGUCACUGUGACGAAGAAAAUCUAUAAUACAUCAUUAUUCAAACGAUUGUUGUUAAACAAUCUGAAUGUUUCUUAUUAUAGCAAUAAUUAAAUAAAUUGAGGACAAUA